AUGUACCAUAUUGAACUGCUCGCCAAGUUUCUGAACGAGGAACAGGUUGUUUUAACGGCUAAUGGUGGGUUUUUUUUUUCAAAUAAGAUUGGAAAAUACUCAUUUUAAACCGGUUUUGAGUGUAACUUCAGUUUCUUUCAGUGGGAUUGUUCAUAAAAUAAUAUCAAAUCGUGGUUUGACCUUAUUUGGAGCGAUAAGGAAUGGCAAAAAGUUAAGCAGACCAAAAAUAGUCUUCUGAACUUUUAAGCAGACCAAAAUUAGUACUUUAAAAAGUUAAGCAGACUAAAAUUAGUACUUUAAAAAGUUAAGCAGACCAAAAAUACAUUUCUAAAGUGUUAAGCAGACCAAAACAGUUUGAACUUGAAAAUUAGUACGUUUUUGCCAUUUUCCAGGAUCAUUUUCACGGAAAACCGUCAUUAAUGUCAUCAACCAAGCGAUUCAAAACGAUUUGCUCGACGCCGCGGUUGGGUCUCGCUCUGAAAAAGAUCUUGAAGAGGUAUUUGGGGAAUCUUAUUUGAGCAUUUCACAUUAAAUAAUUUUCCAGUUGAACAAGUUCUUUGAAAGCGACCAACAAAAACAGUACAUCAACUUUUCGACGUUGUCACCACGGGAUUGGCGAGCGUGGAUGAGGAUUUGGCUCGAUGUUUGCCUGAGAUUGAAGCAGAUCGAAGAGUUCUGCGUUCUAUGUGUCAGGUAGUAGUUUUUUUCCGGUAUUUCUUUGAGAGUAAGAUUUAAACGUUCUUCUCUCUAUCUGAAAACUUUAUCAAUCACAGUUUUUUUUUGAAACUCGUCUUUUGAAUUUUUUUUAAAGCGAACCUUGUUAAUGAAAGCUUUUUUCCUUCUUUUUUUUUUGGCCUUACUCUUACUGAACCCAUUCUCCAGACUAUUGUACUUUGUCGUAACUCACGAAGAGCUAAACGACCAGUGCGAUGGAAUGCUGAGAGAACUGGCGCUGACUUUGGUAGACGAUCUUGCCGCAGUCGAUUGGAAGAAUCUCGUGAAACCCGACUUGACCUCAUCUAUCGGCUACUUCUUGUGCGUCCUAAGCACUUGGGACGAACUCCAAGGCGAAACAAAAUUGUGGUUUUGCCUUGCUGAUGUCGUCAGGGCUUGUAACGGUAAUUUUUUUUUAAGCAGACCAAAGAAAGUUAAGCAGACCAAAGAAAGUUAAGCAGACCAAAGAAAGUUAAGCAGACCAAAGAAAGUUAAGCAGACCAACGGAAAUAAAGUUAAGCAGACCAAAGAAAGUUAAGCAGACCAAAGAAAGUUAAGCAGACCAAAGAAAGUUAAGCAGACCAACAGAAUAAUAGUUAAGCAGACCAAAGAAAGUUAAGCAGACCAAAGAAAGUUAAGCAGACCAAAGAAAGUUAAGCAGACCAAAGAAAGUUAAGCAGACCAAAGAAAGUUAAGCAGACCAAAGAAAGUUAAGCAGACCAAAGAAAGUUAAGCAGACCAACGGAAAUAGAGUUUACUAGACCGAAUUCCACUUUAUCAUUUUUUUUUUCCAGAAGACGUGGAUAUCAUCGGACACAUUGAAUCACUUGAUCGCAUCAAAAAUGCGGAUUCAUUGCCGACUUUGGAACUUUUUGUGCUUCUUUCUGCGCAUCGAAAGCUCGGCGAUCAUGGCUCUUGCUGUGAAAAUGAAGUUUUAUAUUUUAUCCAUAAUAUCAGUACCGAAAGUUUUAGGGUCAAUUCUUGCUCCAUUAUAUCGACAAGAUUCGGGAUCUCAUAGAGCGACCCGAAGUGCUGGAAUGUCUCUUGAAGUUAGAAUAAAAGUUUUUUUCCCGAAAUAUGAAUACAUUUUUAGUAAAGAAAACGCCUGGCUCUGGGAGAAUGUACAGUCGGAGAUCGCUCAGUGCCUUGGAUGUCUUUUUGGGUGGGUUUUCAAGGAGGAAAUCGAAAAUAUUUCGCAACAAAUUUCAGAAAAUACUCGAAAAAAAGAAAACCCGUCAACCAGGAUGACCACAAUUGUCCAGCGGACGUCUGUAAACUUGAUGUUGGCGUCGCUCGAAGAAUUCUGCCGGUCGCCAUGAAUUUUCCGCUUCCUCUUUAUGAUGAUAAGGUACAUUCAGGGAAAAUAUCAUUUUUCUUGAAUAUAAAUGGUUUUUACGCGAUAUUUCAAUGCUAAAACAAGGCUUUUGUUCGAUUUUUAAAAGGAGAACAGGGUUUCUAGAUUUAUUCUUUUUUAGUUUCGUUUCGUAGCGCUAGAUCAGUUUUUCCGGAAAAGGAAUUCGAUAUAAAGAUAAGGCAUCAACAUAAUAGUUUUCUUGUUCCUUUAAAACAACCCUAGAACAUUAAAGAUGACGUCUUUUUUUAACUUUAACACUACUUUUUCUUUUCCUGGGUUUCUGUACAAAUCUCUUCAUUUUUUCUACAGAGCUAUUAAUUCAACAUGAAAUAAUUUUUAAGGAACGCCUUGGCCAUGACGUCGUUGACCUGAUAACUACAAAGUUCGAAUUUAUACUCAAAGUUGAUGAAGACCGUCAAAAAGUCGUCGAAAAUUUCCAAUUAUGUCUCAGCUCUUCAAACUCCCACAACAUCGAAGAGUUCAAGUUGAUAAUUGUUAUAUUUUCUCAACUUAUCAAGUAAUUUUGAAGAGACAAGUUGGAAAAUCUGAUGAAUGUGGAGGAAGAAGACGUCCAGGCCCAAGUUUGGUACGUCAUGGCCCUGAACAGUUAUCGACAGAGUGAUCAUCCGAAUGCACAGAAAUAUUCAGAGGUUUCAGAGAAAAAAACGAAGCUUGAAUUAAAGAUAUGUUUUUAAGCUGUACCUCACCAGCCCCUGUCUCACUAAAAAAUCAGCGACUUCGCGCCUCAGCCUGGGCGAUUUUGGCACAUGA